AUCGCUUUUUGGACGGCCGCCUCAACAGUCCCAUUCUGUAAACCGCUAUACAGACAUUGCGAAUUUGAAAAUAUACACGCUUUCCAAAUUGAAAACAACUAACAAUUUGAUCGGCCAUGAUGGGACGGCCCUGGUUGGAAGGUCUGAUCGUUUUCCUCCUGGUUGCCCGUCUGUCAGUCUGUUCUGAUACUGACAACAAUCGUAGGCUUUCUCCCGAGGAAAACGUGAAUCUAAAAAAUCGCCAAGCGGCAGUUCAUGGCGCAAUUUCCAGCCAACCUUCGCCACGAGAGAUGUCCGAGUCGGAAGACAAGCACCAACAGGCACGAGAUAUGUCCAGUGACAAGCAUCACGACAACAAACGUCAAGGGCACCCACCGAAGGAAAGAGAUGGUCAUGGUGCAUACCUCCCAGCUGUUGAUGAUAUAUUACAAAUUCAAUACGACGGUCUUUUAACAGGGUCGGCAAUUCCUAGCUGAUAUAACUUUUCUUUCCUAAUUGACUUGACUUAGUGGAACGUGUUUCCAGAUACAUGAGUAAUAUAUAAGUGUCAUCGCAAUCAUUAAGAGUUUCCACAUGCAGGCCAUACUGUAAACCAGUGUUAUUAAUUCAUCUCCGUACUAGUAUUGGUACUCAUCUUAUGGCAGUACUACUACUCGUAAUUUAUGGCCAGUAAUGAAAAGAAAUACUCACAGCAUUGUAUUCUGACAGAAUACUCAACCCUCUUCAACAUAUAAUACGCUUUCAUAAUUAUAUGCAGCCGCUUUGUUUUUCUUCCAAUUGAUAACAAUUACAAAGCUUACGGAGUGAUUUGCAAUGUAUUCGUCUGAAAUAAAAUGUGCUUAAAUACUACUGUAGCACUAAACGCUUAAGGUGCUGGGUUCUGAGAUAAGCAGGUUAAUUAUUAAAA